CUAGAAGACAUACUUGGUAGAACUGUAUGGACAGGUCCAUAAUAACAGCAUAUUAAACUAUUAUUGAUAUCCUGUACUUAGUACACUGUCAGGCAGCGCAAUGUCUUGUUACUUUGGCGUGGAUGUAAUUACAUAAUGGUGAUGGUAUUUGAUGGCUGGAUGAGCUGCUUCAACACAGCGCAAGGCGAGGGUGUAGCAUAGCUUGCGCUGCAGAUACCAGACAUCGAACAGGAUUUUUUCAUUGCAAAGCACUUUAAAGAUGACAUUCAGACCUGAGUGACAUUGGAGUAAAGGAUUGUCAUGUAAGCGGACACUUUUGUCACCAUGCUCCAACCAAUCCUGCUGCUGUGCUCAAUAGUCUUCGCUUCCUCCCAGUCUACCUACCCCUUCUGGAAGAAAGGCCGUAACAUUACCAUCCAUUCGUCCCGGUUGGUAUGCAGCCUUCCUGGCCCCCAGGGGCCACCUGGACACCCUGGACCUCCUGGAUCUCCAGGGCCUGUGGGUCCCAUGGGCUCCCCAGGGAAGGAUGGCCUAGACGGGGGCGAUGGAGAGAAGGGGGAAAGGGGAGGCGGAGGGGAAUCAGGGAGGCUAGGUAACCCAGGCAAGCCGGGCGUGAAGGGCCGAGAGGGGGUGGUGGGUAAGGCCGGGCCUCGGGGCCAGAAGGGGCCACGUGGGGCCCCUGGAUUGGCGGGCUUAAUGGGAGUCAAGGGGGAGGCAGGGGAGGUGGGUGAGGUGGGGGCGGCUGGAGGCUGUAACUGUGGGAGGGCAGCACGCUCGGCCUUCUCCGUGGCCAUAACCAAGAGUUACCCCAAAGAGCGUCUGCCAAUCAGGUUCAGUCGCAUCCUGCUGAACGAGGGGGAGCACUAUAACGCCACGAGCGGGAAAUUUGUGUGUGCCGUUCCUGGGGUCUACUACUUCUCCUAUGACGUCACUUUGUCCAACAAGCACUUGGCCAUCGGGCUGGUCCACAAUGGCCAGUACAAGAUCAAGACGUUCGACGGCAACACGGGGAAUCACGACGUAGCGUCCGGUUCCACCGUUCUCCGUCUGCAGCGCGAGGACCAGGUGUGGCUGCAGAUCUUCUACUCAGAGCAGAACGGCCUGUUCUUCGACCCGUUCUGGACUGACAGCACUUUCACCGGGUUCCUUGUCUACGCAGACCAGUUCUUCCUGACAGAGGAGGAAGGGAAGGCCAACGCCGAAGAUGCCAGCUUAUUGGUUGAUUGAUAGAUUUGUUGGUUGGUUUGGUUGAGUGAUUGGUUUUAGUGGAUGAUUCUAAAAACAAUAGGUGCGUUCGACUUCAUGCAGCGCCGGCGUCGCCUGCAACCGCCUGCAGCCCGGCUGACUUGAAGCAGCCAAUGGCAUUCUCAGAUUCAAGGCAGCCAGCUGCAGCCGACUGUCGGUGCCGUUGGUGCUGCAUGAAGUCGAACACACCUAAUGACACUUUCAACUGAACUCAUAUCAUGUAUUACAACUUCCACUGUAGCAGACAUCAAUGAAAUCAUUAUUAUAAUUCUAAAAUUAGCAUAUGCAUAUUAUUAUUACAUAUUCCUAAUGUAUAAUGUAUAGCCUACCUAACCUGUGUUCAUGUAGUGUACUUGCUCUGUCCAUCAGUACAAGCGUUUGGCAUGAAUGAAUCAAAACAGAGCACCUGUUCCAGAACGUACCACAGGGUGGCGAUAUUCUGGAUGUCAUUUGCAGCCCUGUCCAUGGCCAUUCUAGUUUUUCUCAUGUACUAAAGAAUAUACAGACCUGCCGGAUGGUUGCUGUUAAGAAUUUUGAUUACCGGCGUGGAUUGGACAUGUACACAAGUGAGUGAGAGAGGGAGUGAGAACCGGGCGCACUUAGAAUAGUUCAAAUGUGCAGAUGACAUGACAAGUAAGACUAAUACGUUUUGUAAAGAUUUGUGAAUAUGCAUUUUAAUUUUUAUGUAUAGUCUGUAUUGCCCAACCAUUCAGUUUCAGAAAAAAACCUAAUACAGUAAAUAAUAAAGUAUAGUCUACU